CCGGCGGAAGUUGAGGAAGUAUUUUCAUAUCUGCAAGUCUGAACCACUAAGUAAACUUUCGCUUUUCCUUUAGUAAACUAAGUGAUUAUGGCGACGUUUUUCGGUGAAGUGUUGUCGGUGUAUUCCCGGGCUGUGGAGGAAGACGAAGAGGAGGUCGAUGAGAACGAAGAGGAUGCAGAAAUCCUCAGAGAACUGGAGGAAAAGAGGGAGGUUCAUCUGCACUGGAGCCCCGAAGUCUCCGAGUCGCUGAAGUCCGGAAACAAGCUGCCGUGUUCAGACUUCAUCCUCGCUGUGGGACACAACGCCGCCAGGUUUCUGUCAGUGUACGCUCUCACCUCUGAAAACUGGGACGCGCUGGGACGAGCAUCGGUGUGGAACGAGAGGAGCGGGGGGGUCGCCAGCGAGGAGUCGACCUGUGUUUUCUACAGACCGAAGGACAACCCAGCAGUUUUGAUAUGCCAAGUGACUUGCUACCUUGCAGAAGACCAGCUUUUCCAAUGGACAGAAAAGGUGUUUGACUGCCUGCAGCUCAGACAGCUGAAUGUGACGGUGCUCUCUGAGAGCUCUGUGUCUGAGUUUAAGACGGCCGACUACCUGAGCAGCAGCUCGGCUCCCUUCCUGCGCUCGCUCCACUCCGCUGCUUUCUCUGGGAAGCCUGUCUGCAAAUCACUGGAGCAGCCCAACAUAGUGACUGGACUUCAGGCUGCAGUACUGAACCACUGUGAGGUCCACCGCAUCCCCUCCAUUGUUUACCAGUGUUACAGCGACGUCAUCGGCCCAGACUCCGUCACCAUGGAGACAUUCAAACCCACACUAACCAAACUCGGCAAGUCCAUAAAGUUGGACCCUUCUCCGAGCGCAGACAUCCUCCGCAAGAUCGUCAGAACCACCAACAUCCAGAGUAAUCUUUAUAUCUGAUAAUGUCUAUGCAAUGAAUUUACACAAGUGGUUAAAUACUGUCAUUUUUUAAUAAAGAAAUUAAAGUAAAGAAA